CAAUGAACCAUGGCAGCUAUGGUAGCUUUUUGUGGUGGUCUAGGGAGGAGAAAGUUGAAGCACUUCGUGACGGCUGCUGUCUGCCUCACAGAUUCUGGAACUCAUUCAGUGCUGUGGAGAAGUUGUUCACAAUAUAAACAGGUAACCAGCAAUGAGGACCUGCCUGUUCCAAUGGAAAAUCCUUAUAAGGAGCCUCUGAAAAAAUGUAUCUUGUGUGGAAAACAUGUAGAUUAUAAGAAUGUACAGCUUUUAUCCCAGUUUGUUUCUCCAUUUACUGGAUGCAUUUAUGGAAGGCACAUAACAGGUCUCUGUGGGAAGAAACAAAAAGAAAUCACAAAAGCAAUUAAGAGAGCUCAAAUAAUGGGGUUUAUGCCAGUCACAUACAAGGACCCAGCAUAUCUCAAAGACCCUAAAGUCUGUAACAUCAAAUACAGGGAGUAAAUUAUAUAAAGUUACCAAUCAAUAAAUUUAUUUUACA